UUUCUUGCACUGGACGCACCCUUACCGCUAGCUAACCCUGCCGCUGGGAUACAUGAUUCUGUGCGCAGCGAAACGUACUAGUACGGUACGCUGACCGGCACAGGCACUGUUUGCUUGGAAGCGGACGCCACAACCUUCGCAAGGAUAAGCUGGUCCAUCUCCAGCUCGAGCUCGGGUCACACCAGGGUACUAGCUAGCACUGUAGAUCAUCACCAGCAGCAUUCGAGGGUCUUCCCUGAGCUCUUACCGGUUACCGAUAUUAGGCUCUUUCCUGCCUGAAGUUGUUAUUGCGAGAAAGUACAUAACGAUACUGAUUGGCUGGUACUUUUAAACUUGCUGAUUAGGCGUAGGAUUCGUCCAGGUGUUUUGGCUUCUAAAAGGGGAAGUACCAUGUACUCGAGUAGGUCUACGUAUUAAUACCUUAAAAAAAAAUUCUCUGCGGUCACUUGAGUUCUUCAACGACCAAACUUCGUCCAGGGACAUUUUUUGGGCUGAAGCUUCUUCAUUCUUUCCCUCUCCUCCAUCAAACAACCUCUCACACUCCAGCUUGGUUUCUCACUCUAACUGACAUCAACUGACAUCGACUGAAACCAAGCGAACCUGUUAUUAUUGUUGACCAUGACAGUUGCAGUAGAAGGAGAGUUUCUCGACGGCGCCUCCACCUUUGAAGGGAAGGAGCCUAGCUGUGUCGACACCGACAGCCUGUCGGACAAUGAGAGCAACAGUAAUGAACGACAUCAAGAGAAACAUAAAAAGGACGUUUGUGACAACAAACGAACUGGCAACAGCCUGGAUGCUGCGAGCGAGCAUCGGCCUCGACCCAAUCGAAGAGAUAUGCUUCGAAAAAAGCCAAAAGGGGAUGGUCUUGCUAGAGGAAGCGACUAUGGCCCGCCUAGACGUCCCAAAAGAACUGGCGAUAAGGAAGGCGAGGAUAGCCUGGAUAGAGCCAGUGAUCACAGCAAGAGUGGAUCUCGUGGACGAGGUCUACCACAGAGAACCCGUAGCGCCAAAUCAUCCCGCUCACCCGCUCGGCCAAUGACAAUUGCAAGAACAUCCAGCAAUUCUGGGUCUCGUGAAGUUCGGGCGCUUCCCGAGAGAUCUCUCAGUAAUCGGCGUAUCCGCAGAUCCAGCAGCGCCAAGAGCGAAGAUCAGUUGAAUCGUCGAAAGCAGACGGGCCCGGACGUGGAUGAACAAGAGUUCGCCAAGACCGUCAGUCGCGAUUCUACACCAAGAGACUCCGGAGGUGAUCUUGCCAGUGACGGCGGCGACGAGGUACUAGUAGAAAAGUGUCCAAGCCGCGGCAAGAGGGGCGGCGAGGGCGAAAAGUGCCCAAGUCGCCAGGGAAGCAAGAGAGAUCUUCGCUCUCGUGGCCAAUCCAAGCGAUCAGGGUCCAGGCGUAACUUGCUCAAAACAACUAGCAUUGACUUGGAUGACGAAGAGUUUGUCGAGGCCAUCAAUCGUGAGACCAAGCGAAGGGACUCUGAAAACGACCUUUUUAAUGAUAGCGAUGGUGACGACGACGAUGAGGCCAUAAAGCGCCCACGCCGCCAAGGUAGCAAGAGAGAUGUCCGCUCUCGUGGUCCGUCUUCUCGUUCUGGGUCCAGGCGCAACUUGCUCACAAGCAAUAACAUUGAUGGCGAAGGACAAGAGGACCCAACAAGCCGUCGAGGGAGCAAGAGAGAUGUAGCGUCACGCGGACCUCCUUCACGCUCUGGAUCAAAGCGGAACGUGUCUAGCGGCGAGGAGAAAGGCAAAGGGGCGGUUAAGGAAAAAAGCAAGCGUGAGGGCCGCUCUCGAAGCCCCCCUCCGAGGCGCAUCAUCAGCCUUGACAAAGAAGACGGAGACGAAACGCGUAAGCAAACCUCUGACACACCACGCUCAAGCUCCCGUCGGAAUCUGAUGAGCGGGGACUCUGCCGAAGAUGAAUGCCGCCGACGGGAAAAUCGAAGGAAAGCCACACGCUCCCCACCUCCGAAAUCACUCUCAAAGCGCAACCUAAUGAGCGGAGAUGACGAAGAAGGCAAAGAAAGACGAUCGCCUCCAUCACGGAGUGGGUCCCGUCGCAACUUGAUGAUGGGUGUAUGCGAGGAAGCCAACCGGGGAUCUCGUGCUGCGCCUGCGAGGGCUGGGUCUCGUAGGAAUCUUCUCCUUGGCGUAAAAGAUGAGGAGGACGAGAGGCCCCAACGCACUGCUCCUGUACGGGCCGGGUCGCGAAGGAAUCUACUCCUGGGCGGAGAUGACGAAGACGAGAAGCCGCUACGAAGAAAGGGUGGCCUGCAAGACCGAAGACACAACUCGCGAAGAAAUUUGAUGGACAACAUUGACAAGGAUGUUUGCGACGAGGACAAUGCCGGGGGACGUCAAGGAACCGGCCCCAGAUCGCGCACGGCACGUCGGGACAGACGUGAGUUGAUGCGCUCGCAAUAUGCUGCAGCGGUCCGGUACAACAAUGACGAUGAUGGCAAUCGAGACAACUCGGAAGAAGAAGAAGACAAACCUGAAGAUGCCGUUGCAGACGACGAAAAGAAAACCGAAGACAAAGACGAGGAAGAGUGCGAUUUACCCGACUGCACCAAUACCGCUUCUAGCAGCAAAAAAUCCAUCUUUGGCGCCGCCGUCAAAGUGGCAAGCAAGGCGGCGAAAACCGCGGUGAAAACGACUGUGAAGUCUACCACACAAGUUGCCAAUGUGGCAACUGCGGCUGCUACCAAGACAGCUGCUUCUACCGUCAAAAAGGCCGCAAAAACCAUCUCCGGCCCCAACCCUCGAAAAUCCCAGCAUGUAUACCUCAUGUCAAAUGACGAACCUGGCGGAGAAGGACUCGGGGCUUUAGAUGACUUGGCUUCUUUGGAAUUUGACACGAUGAACAGCGGCAAUAUAAUGGACCAGCAGACAUCUCAAAACGCCUUGACGGCUUGAACAUCAAAACAGGAUGUAAUUAGAGAUGAACAGUAACAGCUUUAUUAACGCACAGUCCUAGCGUCCUAGCUACAUGUA